UAGAUGCAGACACACCUCCCGCUCCCACCAUUUAAAAGUGACAGUAAUGCGCGUCCACGUCUCUUAACAACAUCCCCAGUUCUCAGGGACAAUCUGCAGACAUGGGAAACUGCACUGGGAACAUGUGCGACCGGCCAAAGAACACUAACAUCAAAUUCAGUUUACCCGCCGUGUGUUUCGUCUGGCAGUUGUCUAUGAUUAUUCUCUUUGGGGUAUUUGUGCGGUAUAACGAGGAGUCAGACACGCACUGGGUUGACAUCAGAAAGGAGAACAAUAUAACAAGUGAUAUUGAGAAUGACUUCUACUACAGAUAUCCAAGUUUCCAGGAUGUUCAUGUCAUGAUCUUCGUGGGCUUUGGGUUCCUCAUGACCUUCCUGAAGCGCUAUAGCUUUGGCGCCGUCGGAUUCAACUUCCUGAUUGCGGCUUUCGGCAUCCAGUGGGCUCUUCUGAUGCAAGGCUGGUUCCACUCUCUGGACCCAGCUGAUGGAAAGAUCAAGAUCGGGAUAGAAAACUUGAUCAAUGCAGAUUUCUGUGUGGCGGGGUGUCUGAUCGCCUACGGGGCCGUGCUGGGAAAGGUCAGUCCCGUGCAGCUGUUGGUGAUGACCCUGUUUGGGGUCACGCUGUUCGCUGUGGAAGAGAACAUCAUCCUGAGCGUCCUUCGUGCCAAAGACGCUGGCGGCUCCAUGGUGAUCCACACUUUUGGAGCUUAUUAUGGUCUGUCCAUUUCAUGGGUUUUGUAUCGACCUGAUUUGGAGAAGAGCAAACAUAUGAACGGGUCCGUCUACCACUCGGAUGUGUUCGCCAUGAUUGGAACCCUCUUCCUGUGGAUGUUCUGGCCAAGUUUCAACUCUGCCAUUGCUGACCAUGGAGACGGUCAGCACAGAGCUGCCAUCAACACAUACCUGGCCUUGGCCUCAACCGUCCUCACAGCAGUCGCUAUCUCCAGCCUGUUCGAGAAAACGGGCAAACUAGACAUGGUUCACAUCCAGAAUUCCACGCUGGCAGGCGGAGUUGCCGUGGGAACAGCAGCCGAGUUUAUGCUCAUGCCAUACGGUUCUUUGAUUGUGGGUUUCUUCUGUGGCAUUAUUUCCACCAUGGGUUACAUUUUUAUUUCGCCGUUCUUGGAGGAGAAGCUGAAGAUUCAGGACACGUGUGGGAUCCAUAACCUGCACGCUAUGCCAGGGGUCAUUGGAGGAAUCGUGGGCGCCAUCUCAGCCGCUGCCGCCACCAGCACCGUUUAUGGAGAUUUAGGGUUGGAAAACACAUUUGACUUUACGGGAGCUAUUGCGAAGCGGGUGCCCACUGUCCAGGGAGGAUACCAGGCAGCCGGACUCUGCGUGGCCUUGUGUUUUGGAAUCGGAGGCGGUAUAUUAGUUGGCCUGGUUCUGAAGCUGCCCAUCUGGGGGGAUCCUGCCGAUGAAAACUGCUUUGAGGACGAGAUCUAUUGGGAGGUUCCAGAGGAUGAAGAAAGCGUUCCUCCCAUCGCAACCUACAACAACCACAUGAUCCCCAACAAACAUGCAAACACGACAGAGACAAACUUCGUGGAGCAGCACUAACACAUGAAGUCAGAUCCGUGUCACUGGGACAAACAUCUGCGUUCCUGCUGCUUUCCCUGAAGACAGCAGUACUCACUACCGGCCAAACAUUAGAAAGAAGCCAUAAAGCACCGAUCCACAACAUCUCUAUGAAACAGAAUGCUUUUAUUUCUAUCAAAUUUGCAGAUCCAAAUAACUACUUAACAUAUUUGCAUAUCAAAAAGAUUAUCAGAUUAAUCAGAAUUAUAAAAUGAAAAAUACAUUUAAAAAAAGGGAAUGAUUCUAGAUUAAAGUGACUUUCCUGUGAAUGUGUUCAGAGAAAAUGUGAGCAAAAACCCACAACCUCUAAACCUCCAAGCUGUUACAUUUUUAAUGAAAUUAAUUUUACAGUUGUUCAUUUAAGCAUUGUUAUUCAAGCAUUUUUGGUCAUUAUGAUUUAUAAGAUUCUAAAAAUUUUGGUCUUAAAAUUGUAGGUAUGUGUGUAUUCGCAUAUAAAAUCUAUAAUCUUUUAUUUAUAGACCCAUUCAUUUUCAUGUCCAUGUCAAUCAGCAUGCCUGCAUAACAUCUCUAAAUCAAAUGUUUGUCAUUUUCUUAACGCUUUAACAAAUUUGACCAAACGGUGGCACCAAUGUGCAAUAUCUGUAAAUAUUCCUACAUGGUUUGUCUUGUCUCUAAUAAUGUAACAUUUGUUUCUUUCAGUGUGUUAUCUUUAUUGUUAUCUUUAUUGUAAAAAAAUAAAUAAAUAAACUAACCAUUUCA